CAAACAUGCCCAUCCUCGGCCUCGCCCCCGACCGCUACCCGACCAAGCCCGCGCACUUCGACAUCGAGCGGGUCAUCCGCCCCAACAUCCUCUCGCUGCACCCCUACCGCUGCGCGCGCGACGACUACUCCGAGGGCAUCCUCCUCGACGCGAACGAGAACGCGCUCGGGCACUCCAUCCCCCCCUCCGCCGCCUCCGCGCUCGAGCCGGAGGUCCAGCCCGCGCUCGCGCUCGACCUCCACCGGUACCCGUCCCCGACGCACGACCCCAUCAAGGCGCGCCUCGCGGAGCUGCGCGGGCUCCCAGGGACGGAGUGGGUGUUCUUGGGCGUGGGGUCGGACGAGGUCAUCGAUCUGCUCAUCCGGGUGUGCGUCGCGCCCGGGACGGAGAAGGUGCUGAUCACGCCGCCAACGUACGGGAUGUACGCGGUGUGCGCGCAGGUAAACGACGUGGGCGUGGUGAAGGUGCCUUUGGUGCUUGGGGGGGAGGAGGGAGAGGGCGGGGAGAGGGGGCGGUUCGCGGUGGACGUCGAAGAGGUGAAGAAGGCGAUCUCUGCCGACCCUUCUAUCAAGCUCGUCUUCCUGUGCUCGCCAGGGAAUCCCACUGGUACCCUGAUUUCACUUUCAUCGAUACGCUCUAUCCUUGAAUACGAGGACUUCAAUGGCAUCGUGAUUGUUGAUGAGGCGUAUAUCGACUUCGCGGAUGAGAAGGCGAGCGCGGUCACGUUACUCCAGGAGUAUGGCAACCUCUGCGUAACGCAGACUUUGAGCAAAAGCUUCGGCCUUGCUGCUAUCCGGCUGGGCAUCGCGUUCGCCCACCCCGCGUUGGUGCAGAUCCUCAUGAACACCAAGGCGCCGUACAAUGUCUCCACUCCCACUGCGUCAUUAGCGCUUUCUGCGCUCUCGCCAGAUGCUAUUGAACUUAUGAAGAGCAAGGUGUCGACGCUCGUCAAGUCGCGCGGUGAGCUUCUCCGAGGUCUGGAGCAGCUCCGGCCUCUGGGACUUGGUGCGGCCAUCGGUGGGAACGACGCAAACUUCGUGAUGGUUCCUAUCUUGGAGAAGAACGGAAGCGGGAGGCCGGACAACGUUCGCGCGCAAAAGAUCUAUAAGACACUCGCCGAGCAUGAAGGCGUCGUCGUGCGGUACCGUGGCGGGGAACCUGGGUGCGCCGGGUGCGUGCGGAUCACUGUGGGGAGCGAUGAGGAGAUCAAGGUGGUAUUGCAGAAGCUAGGCGAGUUGCUGAAGUCAUUGUAGAUUUCGUGAAUUAUGUAGACAUGUACAACUAUAUAUAGGUCAGCCUUUGGUUUGCACACGUUGACCUAUGAGAGUACAAGCUGUCAAAGCGCC